UUUUUUUUUUUUUUUUUUUAAUUUUUUGCUGUGGCUGAAUCGCUUUUGCUGUUCUCAUAGACUUUCCCCCUCCUUGAAUCAUGAGAGAUGAAAUUGCAACAACGGUGUUCUUCAUCACAACAAUGGCCAAGAGGCAUGAGAAACUGAGCAAACAGCAAAUCGACGACUUUGCAGAAAAACUGACGAUCAUCUUGCUAGAAACCUACCGGUGUCAUUGGCACUCUGACUGCCCUGCCAAAGGACAAGCCUUCAGGUGCAUCAGGAUAAACAAUUAUCAGAAUAAAGACCCCAUUUUAGAAAGGGCUUGUGCCGAAAGUCAUGUGGAUUUUUUUCACCUGGGACUUCCAAAGGAGAUGACCAUCUGGGUAGAUCCCUUUGAAGUGUGCUGUAGGUAUGGUGAGAGAAACCACCCAUUUACAAUCGCUUCUUUUAAAAGCAAAUGGGAGGGAUGGGAACUCUGUCGAAGAAUCAGUCACAUUGUUGAUCGAGCCACAGUAGAGUGCUCCUCUGGCGCGUCCUCUGAUGAAGAAAGUUUCGGCAAAGCACCUCGGCUCAUUCCCAAAGUGAGCAACCCAAACAGCAUUUAUCAGCUUGAAAGCUUGAAACAGUCCUUUCACCCAUGGCUCCAAGUCCCCCGCAGAAAGAACAUGCAUCACGGCCGUGCCAGCCCCCUGGGAGAUGCUCUUUAUGUCUCGCGUAAGAGUGCUAGGACUGCUGCUAUGCUGUCACGAUACCGGGGGGACAGGUACCAUUGGGUCAACACAAACAGAUGAAGUUGUGUGACUGGGCCUGAGGUGGGACAGCACCCAGAGGAGAGAAUUGAUUUUAUUGAAAACGGAAAUGAGUCUAGGUUUAGAGGACCCUAAAACAGAAAAAAUAACCACCUCAGGGGUUAUGGUACAUGAAUGUGAAGUCUUUGUAGACUCUGUUCUUAGUGGUACAUAGGGCUCUUAUAUUUAAUUCUAAAUGAGGUUUUAUGUAAUGUUUUAUGUAACUAGUGAAUGAACAUAUGAGAUAACAGAAUGAAGAUACCUGUGAUACGAUUUAGCUAACUGAAAAAUAACAAUUUAA